UUGCCAUCUUCGUCAUGCCUGUUUGCGUAUUGGUGAUCUUGGUGUCCUGUCUGUUUAUCAUCAGGGCCAUCCUGCAGAUCCGCUCCGCAGGGGGCCGGGCCAAGACCUUCUCCACGUGCGCCUCCCACUUCACGGCUGUGUCCCUCUUCUUCGGCACCCUCAUCUUCACGUACCUCAGAGAUAACUCUGGUCACUCCUCACAGGAGGAUCGGGUGGUGUCUGUGUUCUACACGACAGUGAUCCCCAUGUUGAACCCUCUUAUCUAUAGCUUGAGGAACAAGGAAGUGAAGGAGGCCCUGAGGAAGGUUCUCGAAAGAGCCGAGUUGUGCUGA